CUGCUUGGUAAUCAGUGGAUAUUAGAAUAUUCAAAAUGUACAGGCAGUGGGCAGUGGUGAAUAUUUUCAUGAUGUCUUCUCUGCAGUUGGUGCAGGGCUCCAGUUAUGAACAUGGACCAGUGAAGCGGGCAUCCCGGUCAAUGUUAGAACAAUCUGAGCAGCAGAUUAGGGCAGCUUCGGGUUUGGAGGAACUACUGCAGAUCACCCACUUCGAGGACUGGAAGCUUUGGAGAUGCCGACUGAAGCUCAAAAGUCUCACCGGCGCGGACUCUCGCUCAGCAUCCCAUCGGUCCACCAGGUUUGCGGCCACUUUCUAUGACAUUGAGACGCUAAAAGUUAUAGAUGAGGAAUGGCAAAGGACGCAGUGCAGCCCUCGAGAGACGUGCGUGGAGGUGGCCAGCGAGCUGGGGAGAAGCACUGACACGUUCUUCAAGCCCCCCUGCGUGAACGUGUUCCGGUGUGGCGGCUGCUGCAAUGAAGAGAGCCUCGUGUGUGUCAACAGCAGCACCUCGUACGUUUCCAAACAGCUCUUUGAGAUAUCAGUACCUUUGACAAGAGUACCUGAAUUAGUGCCUGUUAAAGUUGCCAACCAUACAGGUUGUAAGUGCUUGCCAACAGCUCCCCGCCAUCCGUACUCGAUUAUUAGAAGAUCCAUCCAGAUCCCAGAAGAAGAUCGCUGUUCCCAUUCCAAGAAACUCUGUCCUAUUGACAUGCUCUGGGACAGCAACAAAUGUAAAUGUGUUUUACAGGAGGAAAAUCCACUCGCCGGAAUGGAAGAUCACGCUCAUCUCCAGGAGCUGGCUCUCUGCGGUCCACACAUGAAGUUUGAUGAAGAUCGUUGCGAGUGUGUCUGUAAAACGCCGUGUCCCAGAGAUCUCAUCCAGCACCCAGAAAACUGCAGUUGCAUUGAGUGCAGAGAAACUCUGGAGAGCUGCUGCCAGAAGCACAAGAUAUUUCACCCAGACACCUGCAGCUGUGAGGACAGAUGCCCCUUUCACAUGAGAACCUGUGCAAAUGGAAAACCAGCAUGUCCAAAGCAUUGCCGCUUUCCAAAGGAGAAAAGGGCCUCCCAUGGGCUCCACGAUCGAGAAAAUCCUUGAUUCAGCCUUGAUCUCCAGUCCCCCAUCCCUGUCGUUUUAAACAGCAUGCUGCUUUGCCAAGUUGCUGUCACUGUUCC